AGCACUUGUAACAGUGGGAAGGGCAAUGAGAGGCAAAGAUCCUGAUGAAUGGCAAGAGGCAGUUAGAGAGCUAAGGAAAUCACAGCCAGAAACCAUUGAAGGGAUGGAUGAAGAUGUGUACAGAUGUCUUCAGUUCAGCUAUACUUACCUGAAAGAUAAGAAAGCCAAGAAAGUUUUCAAGUUAUGUUGUUUAUUUCCUGAGGAUUUUAACAUCCGUAUAGAAGACCUGGUAAGAUAUGGGUUUGGAUUGAAAAUAUUUGAAGAUAUGAGAAUGGAGGAUGCUAGACGAAGUGCUCAUUCCAUCAUAAAAAAUCUCAAAGAUUCUUGUUUAUUAUUGGGAAGUGAUGAGGAAGGCUGCGUAAAAAUGCAUGAUGUCGUGCGUGAUGUUGCCUUAUCAAUGGCAUCAGAUUAUUUUGUUAGAGAUGGUGUCAAAAAGUUGGAGGAUUGGCCAGAUAUGGAAGAGAUGAAGCGUUAUACUGGCAUCUCAAUAAUGCAAAAUCAGGUUUCUCAAUUUCCCGAUGCUUGGGAUAGCCCAAAUCUCAAGAUAUUAUUGAUGGAUACUGAAAAAAGUCGUUCUAGUUCACAUCCUUUUUGGGAGAAGGCGAUGGACAUGCGAGCAACGGUCUUAACAGGGAUGAAAGCCCUUCAAGUUUUUCAUCGGAGAGAUAGUAGUAGGAAAAGUUAUAUAGCACUAUCUUUUCGGUUCUUGGAACUAGAAUUUAGUCAAUUAACCAAUCUUCGGACGUUGAUGCUUCAGUAUUAUAAGACUGUUGACACCACUCCAAUUGGGAAGCUGAAGAUGCUUGAAAUUCUCAGCUUGAAGAAUUGUGAGUUCCUAAAGCCAUUCAAUACAAUAGGGAAGUUGACUAAUCCAAGGUUACUGGAUGUGGAAUUUUCUUCUCUUCAUGUCGUCUCUUCUUCCAUAUUUCCAAUCAAUGCUAUGUCUACUCUGUCCCGAUUAGAAGAACUGUACUUCCUUUCUUUUGAUAUGUUAAGACCCACAAAGUACACAUUUCUCCUUUUUCCAUUCCUUCAUAAUUUUCGAUCCUUCGAUGACUUGAACAUAACAGUUUUGAAAACCCUUUCUCGCUUGACCACCCUUACAACUCACAUUCAAACCAUUCCCGAAGGCUUUACGUUCCCAGAUUUGAAGGUUUUCAAAAUUCAUUGGGGAAGCCGGAUAUGCAUUAGAGGAAAAGAAAAGCUGAUUAAUGCAUUUUUAUCUGAAGUUGAAGGAUUUAAUUAUUUGGGUCUUUGUGGUGAAUUCGGGGGCGGGAGUAAUAUCACAAUUUCAUCACUAGUUUGUAUGAAGCCAUUAAUGCCAAGAACAAAUUUUCUGUAUUUAGAUUCACUUGAGGAGUUAAAGAAUAUCAAUCCUUGCUUAUUAUUAGGUGGUUUAGAUGCUUUGAAGAUACUAGUGAUUGUCAAUUGUCCUAGUUUCGCUUACUUGAUCAACGCCCAAGAGUUUCUUGGAAGGUAUGCUUUGUUGCCGGAACUGGAAGGACUGUGUUUUGAGGAUUUGGACACCUUCAAAGCAUUAUGCAAUGGUGAACUACCUCCUGGAACUUCCUUGUCCAUGAGGAAGCUCAAAUACUUGGCCUUUUUUAGAUGUCCAGAAUUGUUGAAUAUUUUCACUUUACCCAAUCCACAGCAAGAAUUCGAGCAACUCCCAGUUCUUGAAGAGAAAGGAAUGAAGAACAUAUCGAAGGGCCCCACUGAGUUGUUGCAUCUGCCCAAGCUACAAAUCGUAUGCAUUAAUGGGUGCCAGAAAUUAAAAGUUAUAUUUCCUGCUUCUAUUGCUCAAGGACUAGAGCAGCUGAAAGAACUUGAAUUAGAAGAUUGUGAUCAAUUAGAAGCAAUUGUUGCAGAAAGGGAAGAAGAGGAAAGGAGGAUUGACAAAGUGGUGUUCUCUCAAUUAAUAAGGAUUAGGUUGUACAAGCUUUACAAUCUUAAAGCUUUUUGCAUGGAUAACUUACCUUUGAAAUGGCCAUCCUUAAAAGAGUUAUCUGUGGACGCUUGCCCUAAAAUGAAGACAUUUGCUGCUUCUGAUGGAAACCAGAUCACACCGAAAUUGAAGGAGAUCAAAAUAAAUAUCAAUUACAUAAAGCUUGAUGGAACAAACUUAAACAUAAUUAUGAAAUAUCACAACAAAGAGGAGAUCCAAGCGAUGAACAACUGAAGAUGUGUCCAAUGUUAGAAGGCAAGACAAAUACAAAAGAGGUGCAAAGUUUUUUAUCCUUACAUCAUUGCAGCAAGGAGGUGGCAAAUGGCAGCAUGGAAUACUUUAUAUUCAUAAAAUGUUCUUAGGCAUUAUUUAUUACUUGUGAUGUCAAUAUUAUUUUCAUAAGUUUAGCGUAUCAUAUUUAGUACCAUUAAAUAUAAAUUGACUGAUAAAUAUGUUACGUUUUUUAUUAUUAUUUAUGGAUUUCAAAUAUAAAAAUACAAAGACUACAAUAAUAAAUUUUAGUCUCUA